AUGGCAAUUGAAGAAAAUACAUCGGAUUCCACUAAUCCGCUACUUGAUUCAACCAAUCCGCUUUACAUGCAUCCAUCCAAAAAUGCAGGUUCCAUGCUUGUGCUAGUAGCUUUUGAUGGAUCGGGGUACAGGUUAUGGAGGCGAGGAGUACUUAGGGCUCUUUCUGUGAAAAACAAAGACUUGGCAGACAGUCUGCAGUAUGUAAACGAUGCCAAAGAGCUUUGGCAGGAGUUGGAGGACAGAUAUGAUCAAACCAAUGGGGCAAGACUAUAUCAGUUGCAAAAGGAAAUCAAUGAUUUGAGUCAAGGAGCAUUCGACAUUACAGGAUACUAUACUAAGAUGAAGAAGCUGUGGGAAGAGUUGAAUACCUUGAACGCACAUGCUCAAUGCAAAUGCCAGUGUACAUGUGGUGCCAAGGCGAGUAUGCAGAAGGCUGAGCAAGACAGGAGGUUAAUUCAGUUUCUAAUGGGAUUAAAUGAGGUUUACACCGUCGUCAGGGGAAGCAUCCUGAUGAUGAACCCUUUACCUUCCUUAGCACAAGCAUUUACGAUUCUCAUCCAAGAGGAGAAACAAAGGGAGAUGAAGCCAAAUAAUCAAUUGAUGAUUGACCCUAGUGCUUUGAGUGCAAACAGGGCAGGAAACAACAACUUCAGAACCAGUUAUGGUCAACAAGGAAAUGGAUCUGGAGGGAGCUCCUACACAAAUUACAACCAGUCAAGUGGCACUGGGAGCAAUAGUUUCAGGGGAAAUUACCCUACAAACAGACCUCGACCAAUUUGUGAUUACCGCAAGAAGCCAGGCACACCAAGGAUAAGUGCUAGAAACUCCAUGGCCCCUUCACUGAAGAAGCCUCUGGAAAUUGGUAAGGCUUCUGAUGGCCUAUACUAUCACAUUUCAGAACUCUGCAAGAAUAUUGCAGUCCUCACUCAAAUUCCUACUCAAGUUUCAUCUAGCAUGCCCGAUAAGAAUAAUGUACACCCCCACUUACAUCUUGUUCCCCCUGUUGCAUCUAGUUUACCUGUUUCAUAUCAUGCUUGUAAUAAGAGGUGUGUUGAUUCUUAUAAACACUCCAGUGUCAAUAUUUCACCCUUAAGUAGUAAAGAAAAUGCUUAUGUGUCAAAUGCAUCUACUUCUGUCUCUACUUUCACAUCCACAUCUGAUGGAAACAUGGUUGAACUUUUGUGGCACAAUAGACUAGGACAUGUGCCCUUAGCCAAAAUGAAGGGAAUCAAUGAGAUACUGCCAAAUAUACACCUGCACAACCUUUCCUUUGCCCCAUAUGCCCAAUGGCUAGACAAAGCAGAUUACCUUUUCCAGAAAGAACCACUCUUACAACUAAAGUUUUUGAAAUAUUACAUGUUGAUUUGUGGGGACCAUAUCACAUUGCAACCUAUGAUAGACACAAGUAUUUCAUUACCUUUGUAG